CUGGGGGUCACUUCACAGUCAACACCGACACAAACUUCAAUCCGUUAUAGAAUCAAAGCUACCCGAAGUUAAGAGGGACAAUUGAGACAAUGAGCAGUCGAUCGGGUGGUGGCGUCCCAUUGAAGAAGAGGCGUAUCGAUACCGUCGACAGCUAUAACCUGGAACAAUUCAAAUUUGACGAUGGAAGCGAUGGAGCCGCGCAAAAACCAAAGAAACAGGCAGAAUGUGACAUCAUUUCGAUUGAGGACGAUUCGGAUAAUGGUGACGACGACAGCGCCUAUUCCAACUCUUCCUCCGAGUCCGAAGCAAUGAUGGACUUGAAACUUCCUGAUCAGGAUUAUUCUCAAGAAUCCAUGGAUUCGCUCAGCCCAAAUCUCAAGACGCAGCCUUCUGCUUCAGCCCUUAAAAAGCGUAGACGGCAAAAGCAGUCCACAAAAUCACCGACAAAAACCACAAGUGUCAAGGACAGAAAGCGCAAGGUAUCCUUGUCGCCCCAAGAUUCUUUAGCUAAGCUGGGGGAUAUCAGAAGUAACGGGUCCUCUACUGAGAGAAGCACAUUGAAGCUCACCAAAGUAACCGCUGGCAAGAAGAAAACGAAAAAACCUGCGACGACAACGGCUUCUACGGCAGCCACUGAUAAGCCCAAAAAGAAGGCGACAAAGAAUGAUAACCUGGCGAAAAGCAAGAAGAAGGAGUCGUCCAAGAGCAAACCAGCUACAGAGACGGAACAGUGGCAGAAGGAAUUGGACCAGAUGACACCAUUGACCAAGAACAGGGCAAUCAUACUGGCAUCGUUCAAAAAGCCCGAUGACCCGGAUGAUUCCGUCAACGCACACAAGAGGAACUCAGUCCAUUCAUUCCCUGACGAAGGUGAAUCUGAAUCUGAUGAGGAAGAAUUGCUGCGUGAUCCAUUCGAAAAGCGAAUUCCACGAAAGAAACCAAAGGAGAAACCGGAACAAUCCACAGCUGCGCCAGCUACCGGUACAGCCGCCACAACCGAGGCAGCCUCAAAGGAACGACUUCCGAAUUCCAAGUUGGGAGCGACAAAUAGAAACAGCGAGUCUCCACAGUUGCCCGUCUCGUCGGAGCCCAAACGAUCAGAUGCUCUCGCAGAAAGCAAAAAGUUUGACAAUGCAGCAGACAAGGAGAACAGUGAGCCAACCCAGCCCAAACAAAAGGCCAUUGGGGAUAAGAAGAAGAAGAAGCUACCCACAUCUGGACCAGGAAUUGUUGGUCCACCGCUCGAUGACAAACCCGAAGUGGGCCGUUCAUACAUCAAAGCCGUGAAAGAGGUUUCUGACAGAAACGAAAGAACCACGGCAGUUGUGCCUUCAAAUCCCAAGGCCAAUGGCCAGCAGAAGCUGGGCAAGACUAUCUGUGAUAAGUCUCUGUCUGGAUCAGGGGAGAAUGCUCAGCAAUGCGCAAAAGAAAAACCCACCAGCAAGAGUGAUGGUGAUCUCAUCAAAGAUGCACCCAAGGAGGGGGGAAACAGCACGACAAAGGAAGCUGUGUCCAGCAAGCCAAAGAAGAAGAAGAAAGGGAAGAAGGAAACCGCCCACAAAGCAUCGAAGGAAGCAGCAGUGGGAACUGCUUCAAAAGGCAGUCCCACCAGCAAGAGUGAUAGUGAUCCCAUCAAAGAUGCACCGAAGGAGGGGAAAACCAGCACGACGAAGGAAGCUGUGUCCAGCAAGCCAAAGAAGAAGAAAGGGAAGAAGGAAACCGCUGACAAAGCAUCGAAGGAUGCAGAAGUGGGAACUGCUUCAAAAGGCAGUACCGCCUCGGCUCGGUCGGUGGAAGGGAUAUCGAAAUCGAACAAAACUGGAUGCAAAGGCAAGAAACCAGCAGCACCGGAAGCAUUGAAGGGGAAAGAUAAGACAUCCUCUGUCACUGUUCCCCAGGACUCAACAACUUGCACGGCCACAUCGAAAGAGUUACCCGUGAAGGCCGACGCAAUCGUUACCAAAAACUCUGCUUCCACUGCACUAAAGAAGGCAGAACCAAAGAAUGCCCAACUAACUAAGGAGUCGGACAUGGCUUCAAAGAAAGUGGCAGAAAAAGCAAAGGUGGCAGCCAAAGCAAAAGGAGCUGGAACGUCCAAGAAAGCCAAGCCCAAGAAGAAGCGAUACGAUCAGCAGAUCUUCGAUCACAUGUUCGCAGCAAUGAAGCCGUUCAAUCUCAAAGGUCUAGCCCAGGAACUCGAUACGACUGAGCAGCAACUGCACCAUACGCUCCUUGCGAUGAAGGAUAAGAAGCUUGUGCUGGAGAAGGAAUUCACUUUCCCCAAGGGGAAGACCAAGACAUUAAUUUGGGCAAACCUGGACCAUAAACAGUGCGAGACUGAUUAUUCUGCGGAGAAAGCCUCAGCCGCAAACCAGGAGCUACAGCUUCUUAUGAAACAUGAGAGGGAUGUUCAGAACGAGAUCAACUCAGUCGGCAAAACCCCCAGCAACGAUGACUUGACCUCAGCUUUGGCCUCUCAAGAGGAAGAAGUUACGAAGCUCAAGGCUCAACUAAAACAAAUGAAAGCAAGGAUAGAGUCUGCGAAGGCGGGGGCUGCGUUAGCUCCCAAACCUGGUGUCCGGAGCUUUCUGGCCAAGCCAAAGAGUGCCGCUCAGCUAGCCCGUGAACGAUGCCCCCGUCGCUUGAAGAUAAGAAUCAACGCAAUGAGGAAUGAAUGGAUGGUCCGGCGGGUAAAGUGCCGCGACUUUGUCGACAUGCUUGCUGAUGGGAUGGAAAAGAAACCCAAAGACAUUGUGAAGCUCUUGGAAUUGGAGACAGAUGAAAUGGUGGGCGUGACAUUGCCGCCAAAGAUCCAAUUGGAAGUCUAACUGGCUGGGGCAAUUCUAUGAAAUGGCUUCUAUUAUCAACUAGCUUGUAUACGUGUUUUCACUGGUUAAACACUGUCCAAAACAACGCUCAACACAACCUCCUUCACUUCAAACUUGUCUGGAUCUGAGUUGUAGUCAGUAUCGAAGUAAUAGUCAUCAAUUUGAGCUUCCUGGCCCUCGAUGUUUUGCAGAAGUGAUAGGACCGCGAACCUCGGAUAGUCUGGGUAAAGCCGGAACCCUUGCUCUUGUAGGAGCAUUUGUGAUCCCAGGGUGAUAUCUCCAUCAAGUGCAAGGGUGAAUGACAAAGAAUUCGUGUCAUCAAUCCAGUCUAGAAUGCUUUCCCGAUCCACUUCGCUGCGUUCCGUCAAGGAGAGGAGACCCUUUUGUUUGAGUUGUUGACAAAGCUGCUCUAUUUGAUUGAAUUUGGCAUUGAGCAACAGCUCUGUUUUUGGUUGUUGCUUUCCUCUUUCGGAGUCCUGGGGAAGUAGCAAAGCGACCAGUUGAUCGCCUGUCUGUUUCUCAAAGGAGCGUCGAAACGCAUUGAAAUCAAACUCUUUGCCUUGCUGAAUGAUGAGGUCCGAGUAGGCUUUGAAGUGAACAUAGGAAUAAAAGUUGAAUUGUGCAGC